CUCCUUGAAUAUCUCAGUACAGAACCAAGCAAGAAUCCAACAUCUCCUCCUCUGUCAGUUUUAUUCCAUGCUCCAUCUGUGAUUCAAUCAGCUCAAAACGAAACCGAAGGUCUUUUACAAGAAUAUAUCAACACCUUUGCAAGAAAGAUGAAGCUGUUAUCCACUCCAGUUACAGCUCUGAUGCUGCUCGCUUCACUGUUGGCCCCAGUCCUGUCGACUCCGGUCCAGGCGGAGGCAAAUGAGGUGAACGCCAGCUGUUACAUCACCAGCAAAAAAGGCAAAGACUGCAACGCUAGCUCCUGCAGACAUGGCGGGGGCUCCUGUACAUACAAUGGAUCGACUAAGAGAUGCCGAACAAGCGGAGACUGGAGUAAGGUUUUCGAAUGCAAGACAAACUGUCGAUGUGCCAAGGGCAGUUGAGGGACACGACCAAUCUGAUGUGACUGCUCAAGGCUCGUUGAGGAGUGAUUAGCCGGGCUAUGGGGAUCUCUUUCAACAAGAGACCAGUUCCAGCUUUUUGUGGAACUUUACGAGGCAAAAAUAUAAAUGUCAUGUUGUUGUUAUUGUUUUCUAUGUUAGGUAGCUACCGUCGCUUGCUACAAUUGGGUUGUCAAUCAAUCUGGCUAAAGUUUCAAAUGUAUUGGUGAUCUACGGGUAUAAGUGAUAGACUAUCGUGUCACCGGGGAAUGUAGUUGUCAG